GGAGUGUAGCGAUCAUUUUCUGUCUUAGCACCCCAGUCUUUAUCAUCUCCAUCUUAUAUAUGAAAGAAACAUCGACAUUGCCAGUACCAAAGGUGGUCGCUGUCUUCACCAGAUGGGGUCGGGCUGGAGAUGACCCCAACCGUGCCUCACAUAGCAACAACUCUACCUCAAAUACAAGCCAAAUAAUCACCAAUGUAAGGACGUUAACGCCUAAAGCUGAGACCGACGCGAACAGUCUGGGAGAUUUCUUUGUGUUUUCGAAGCAGUCCGUGCAGGAUGCAGCGAACGUGAGCUUGAAUGCAAGCGAGAGGACUAAGAAAGAUGGUGGGGAUGAAACGGUUUCUGUCCUCAUCAGGAACGGGGGAAUGUUGAUUGAUGAUGUUCCUGCAAAGGACCCCUCUAAGGACAAUGAGAAGCCAGUUGCGGAUCCUGUGGUCAAGGAUUUAAGUGGCUAUGAGUCUGUUGUCAAUGCUAAAAGUCACCUGUAUAUCAAAUGCUCUCAGUGUGCCUACGUGUCCAGUUCUGGUCAACUUCUAGGAACCAAGGCAGGGGAGCUCAUUGAUUCUUAUCCUUGUGUCAUCCGUAUGAACAACGCCCCUACCAAAGGUUUCGAAGCUGAUGUAGGAAGCAAGACAACAGUUCGUAUGGUGGCCCACUCAGCCAUUCCAGGAGUGUAUUCACAAAGGUUCUCGUUGCUAAAAGGUCCUGGUCAACCGAAGUUCAUUGUGGUAUGGGGUCCUGAUUAUCAGAUGAAGAAAGACGGUAAAGGAAAGGCCUUUAACAUUGCAACAACUCUUUACAAGCAAUUUUACAAAGACGGAAUGCAAGUGUUUGCGCUUUCACCCCAUCAAAUAUCUUACGCAGACAAAGUCUUUGAAAUGGAAACGGGUAGAAAUAGAAUUUCGUCUGGUUCGUGGUUGAGUACGGGGUGGUUCACCAUGAUGCUAGCACGUGGUAUAUGUGAUGAGAUUACAGUCUUUGGCAUGGUAAAAGAAGACCACUGCAAGCUUAAUCCCAACUCCAAAGUGCCAUACCACUACUACCAGGCCCAGAGCAUCAAAGAAUGCUCACUCUAUCGAAGUAGCGAGAAAGCCAAGAAGAACAGUCAUCGUUUCAUGACAGAGAAAGGCGUCUUCUCACGAUGGUCCAAACAGGAGCCUAGGAUAUCAUUCAAGUAUCCUGACUGGUCUGCAAGAAAAUAAUUCUAUCUUGGUGGGACUUCAGUGAGUCAAAGCUGCAUCUAAAGAAGCCUUGAUAUUGGUUUAUUUCAAGUUUGGUGCUGGUGCUGAUAUUGGUGUCAGAAGCACUAUUGUAAAUGCCUGCCUUAGCACCAAAACCCAAUCUAAGUUCACAAACAUUUAAAUCACAUUACUGGGUGUUUGGUAUUGGUGUUACAGGCCGGCACAAUUGGGAUCAGCCAACCUAAAUCUAAAAAUAAGUUGCUGAAAAUUUAUUUUGAGAUUUUUAAUGAGCUUAAAAAUGCACAUUCUCUGCAUCAAUUUGUAACCUCCCCACAACACCCAGUUCUAUUGGGUGCAUCUAGUCUUGUAUCUAGUCUUUAAUUCAUUUUUACAACUUCAAAUUUGUACAGUAUGACGAACAAGAAUUACUCUUUCAGGUAAGCUUAUAUUUCUGUUUUUUGCUUUUCGAAGACCAAAUUAUACUAUUAAGGUUAUAUGCUUAGAACCUUCCUUGGUAACUUAUUGAGUUUGAGGUGGCUAUUCCUUAGCCCCAACAAUUUAUCUGAGUGUGUAAAAAUAAUGCAAUCAAUUUCAUCGCAAAUCCCUAGUGACAAUUAAUCCAGGAUUAGCCAACAGAUCACCACCAAACUUCAAAUAAUCCAUUUUCACGGUCAGUUUGCAGUCAGAUAAUGAUAUAUUGUGGUCGCAGCAGAAAAGUAUUUCUACCUUGAUUCAUCUGCAACAACGAAAUCUCUUCCUCGACUAUCUCGUCAAAAUAUUAGUACAUCUCAAUAGUUCCUAACAAAAAAGUAGUACUUCGCUGUUCUAUUUAUUUUACAAGUCUGCUGCUAUUAGCAAUAAGAAUAUAAGGUAUACUGAUUAAAUCACUAAAAAGGUUCAUCUGAUUGGUGUGUAGACAUGAGAAAAGCGACGAAGGUCUGCCGAAGCUUGCAGCCUAGCAAGUGAAAGCUUACCCCAAAACAGGUAAAUUUUCGUGAUUGUGGAAUGAAGGAUGUUUUUCUCAGGUAUACUGAUGUACAACUGUACAAUAGUAGUAUUAUUCAUAACUAUUAUAUAGUUAUGUGUGAUGCAUGAUUGAAUUCUUUGUAUUCUGAUUGUAACCGUCAGAUGAAAACUUGUUUAAGGCUUGCUUAUAUGGGGUGAGGUGGAGGAUUGGGAUAAAAUGAUUCCACCUCGCCUUCACCAUUUUAUUCACAUUCUGUUUGGUCUCAUAUCCCAUGUUGUCUAAUCUAAGGUCAUCUAUAACCAUUUGGUCUAAUUGGUUUUUAACCCGAUGCAACUAAUUUCCAGUUAGGCUACACCCCUAUGCUCCAAAAUCAACUCAGUCUAUAUGAUUAGCAAAAACAUGUUAAUAUGAACCAAAUUUUCAUAUGACAAAGAUUAAAGUAAUCAGUAGAGAGCGAUUAAAUUAGACCAUCUGGAGCAUUAGACUAAAUGAAAGUUAGACCAAAAUGAUCGAAGGUGUUUAUAUAGCUAUGAUAGUGUUAGACAAUCUGAGCAUUAGACCAAGCGGUCACAACCCAAAUGAUCAGGGUUACAAUCACAGUGUUUCACCCAUGUCAAUGUAAGUGUGUGAUGCAUGCGCUCAGAAACAUUUGAACUGAAAUAUGUGUUUUGAUAUGAUGUUUGUUAUUAUUGAAUAGCUUUUGUUUUCUAUAGAUUUUGAAUGAAUGUUUAAUUCAACUCUCAGUGAGAGAAGUGAUUUGUGCAAAAUAUGAAAUUAGCAAUACAAAUCUCUUUAAGACUAGAUUAACGACUUAUGAAAAAAAGCAUAUUCAACAUAGCUCCAUUUACAGUGACCUCGUUAUUUUAAAUUUUUGUUAUAGAAUUUCUGAUUCAUUUUUGUUUGUAUAUUUCGAAUUUUCUACAUUUCAGAGCGCUUUGAUAUGGAUCUCAUGAAAAGCGCUAUAUAUAGACUAUAAUUAUUAUUAUUAAGAAGAUUCUACUGAUUUUUUUGCAAAAUAAAGAUCAACUUUAUUUAGGCAAACUUAGUUUGCUGAUAGCUUCUAUACAAUGCUGUAAUUCUUAAGAAACUUUGAAACCUAUUUUUGCCAGUCAGUACUUUCUACUGUAUUCCUUUUACACAUUUUUUUCUUAUAUUGAUGAGUAGUUAAUGUUUGUAUUAUCACAUUUGAGGAAAACAUACAUGUAGGCCUGUUUACAUGCAUAUUUGUAUUAUGUAUCAUUAUGUUAAAGAUGUGAUGGAAGAAGUGUGGUUUACAUUUUUGACACUCAAUCAAAAGGUUUAGAGUUCAAAUCCAAUGUCACUGGAUUGUUUGAGCAUGUACUGAUUUAACGGUAAUCAGUGAGUUUUUGUAGGUUAUUUUCAAAUAGGUAUAGUAUUCCUUAA